UUUGCCCUGACCUUGAGCCCCUUCGCCGCCCCCACCGAAAUUACGACCCCCUCCAGACAUGCGCCAAGCGGAUCCGGCGCCCCCUGACGGUACGCCCAUGAGUCUGCAGCCGAGGUGAAGAAGUGGCGGUUGGGCGAAGAAGCAAGCAGUGCGCGUCCAAAAUUGCAAAGUGAAUUUAUUCGGCCUACAAAAAUCGGUUAUGUAAAACCCGUAGAGGCCCGCUAACUGCCCACGCAUAUCGUUCUUGUAAAACUAAGAACUCGUUAAAAUGUUGAUGGUUGUGUGUUCCAAUUUGAGGCGUCCCGGGCACGUGGGCGCCGCAUCCGCCAUGCGGAACCUAAACUGGAUGAUCAGCGGGGGAUAUAGACCGCCGAUCCAGGCACUGUCUCGGCAGUACGUCCAAGCUCCGGAGGCGCGUCCAGUGGCCGAGGAGCGGUUUCCGGCCAGUCAGCAGGACCGCAAGGAUAUCGCCACGCAGACCGUGCGGAGUGGCCAGCCCAAGGACCUGUCACCGCCUCCGCCCACGUCGCCCCUCUCGCCGCCCAUGUCCGACCGGAACGCCGAUCCCGCCCUGGAUGUGGGCCCCGGCGUGGAGGUGCCCUACAACAUCGACUGGAUAUUCCCCAGGCUAAGGAACCCCACGAGGUUCUGGUACGUGGCCAGCCAAUUCGUCAUCUCCGCCGUCGGAAUCUUCAGCAAGAUUGUGCUGAUGUUUCUCAACAAACCCCGCGUCUACAACAAGGAACGACUAGUCAAACUGAUUUCCAAGCGACCCCAGGGCGUUCCCCUGCUGACCGUGUCCAACCACUACUCCUGCUUCGACGAUCCCGGCUUGUGGGGCUGUCUUCCCUUGGGAGUCGUUUGCAACACCUACAAAAUCCGGUGGUCGAUGGCCGCCCAUGACAUCUGCUUCACCAACAGGCGGCACUCGCUGUUCUUCAUGUUCGGCAAGUGCAUACCUGUUGUGCGUGGCAUCGGUGUCUACCAGGAGGCGAUCAACCUGUGCAUCGAGAAGGCCGCUCUGGGCCACUGGAUCCACGUGUUUCCCGAGGGCAAGGUGAACAUGGAGAAGGAGGAGCUGCGGCUCAAGUGGGGCGUGGGCAGAAUCAUCUACGAGUCACCCAAGAUCCCCAUCAUUCUGCCCAUGUGGCACGAGGGCAUGGAUGACCUGCUGCCCAAUGUGGAGCCCUAUGUGAUACAGCGGGGCAAGAAGGUUACACUGAAUGUGGGUGAACCACUGGACCUCAACGAUUUUAUUCUGGACCUCAAAAAGCGCCAAGUGCCGGAGCCCACGGCGCGGAAGCUCAUCACAGACAAAAUCCAGGAAGCCUUUCGGGACUUGCGGGCGGAGACCGAGAAAUUGCAUAGAGAACGCAACUAGCAAAUCAUCAUGGAAGAGCCUAGCGGCAGACAUUUGUACUAAUAUUUAUUUGUAUAGUAUUAAGCCUAAAAUGAACCCUCGAAAGCCCUUACAAUCCAUUUAUAAUAAUUAUAUUUUCGUGCAUUAUGGUUAUUUCUUCCCUAUGUAAUUGCUGGAGAGGCACUUCAAGUGAAACAGUGUGCAUUAUUAGUGUAAAUAUACAAUUGAAAUUAA